AUGUCAAACAUUAAUAACAAGUAUUUUUGUAUAUAUGGAACAUCGCUUAAAGCUUCAAUAAAUAUUUCACAUAGUUCUAUUGUUAAUCCACCAGAUAUUGAUAGAAUACUUAGGCAAGCAGCACGUUGUGGAAAAUUAUGUUGUUUACUAUUAUCUUGAAUAAAUGCCAAAAAAAGCGGACAAAACCAACGACGUGAAGAUACUUUGAAAACAAAUGAUGAAAAUGAGAAUUUCGAUGUAAAUGAAAAAGAAAAUAAUAAUCGUGAUGAUUCUAUUGAGACCAAUCAAGAUCAUCGAAAUCCUUUUCCAAAUAAAAAGAAUAACCGUAACAAUGUACCAGAUAAGAAAAGACCAAUUUAUACCGAAAAUGAUAAAAAUCUUGAUGAUUCAGAUGAAUCAUUAUCACCACGAGAUCGGAAUAGAAAACAUGGAAAGAAGCACAAAUGUAUGAAAAAACACGAACAUUGGAAGAAAAAUAAAUAUUCGAAGGAUGAUUCACAUUGCAAACAUCAUAUGAAACAUAAUCAUCCGGGUUGUAAAAAUUGUCGUAAACAUCAUCAUCAUCAUGAAGAUAGAAAUCAUCGAAAUAGAAGACCCAAUCAACGACGAAAUGAAAAUAGUGACGAAGAUAAUGAAGAGGAAUUUUUCGAUACCAAUAGAACAAACAAAGGUCGUGGAAAUAGUCCAAAUAAUAGAGACAAUAAACCAGCAACUCGACGACGUGGUGAACGCAGACGAGACCCUAAAUAUACCAAUGAUGAUGAUGAUGAUGAUUCUGACAGAAAUAAAAAGAACAAAAAUAAUAACGAUGAUCUUCAACUAUAA